AGCGCGGGCGCCGUAGCAGGCGAUUGGCUGAGGCGGGGAGAGCGGAAAUGGAAGGGCCGUGACGGCAGAGAUGCAGGUCGCUCCCCAGGACUACCAGCAUGUGCCCAUCGACAUCCAGACCAGCAAACUCCUGGACUGGCUGCAGGACCGGCGGCACUGCGGGCGGCGCUGGCAGGCGCAGGUGCAGCGGGUGCGGGAGCGGAUCCAGGCGGCGCUGGGGGACAUGCCCGAGCACCCCGAGAUCACCGAGCUGCUCCGGGGAUCCUACCUGCACUACUUCCACUGCCUGCGCAUUGUGGAGAUUCUCCGGGGCACCGAGGCUAACACCAAGAAUCUCUUUGGGCGCUACUCAUCCCAGAGGAUGAAGGACUGGCAGGAGAUUGUGUCCCUGUAUGAGAAGGAGAACGCCUACCUGGCCGAGCUCUCCAGCCUGCUGUGGCGCGGGGUCAGCUAUGAGGUGCCGGCGCUGCGGCGGCAGCUGUGCCGGUGCCAGCAGGCGCAGCAGGAGCUGGAGCGGCGCCAGGAUGAGUGCCAGCUUGGGGCUGCCGAGCUCCGCGAGCGCUUCCUGGGAUCCUGCCGCCAGUACGGGAUCGCCGGUGAGGACGUGCGCCGGGAGCUGCUGGCGCAAGUGCAGGCGCUGCCGUCGCUGCUGUCCCGUGUUGGGGACGGCGCCAGUGCCCUCGGGGAUGCCAUUGAGCUGUACCAGGCCUGCGUGGCCUUUGUGUGUGACAGCCCCGGGGCUGAGGUGCUGCCGCUGCUGCGGUUCGUGGCGACGCACGGGAACUGCUCGGUGUUCCGGUGGCGCACGGGGCAGGAGCCGCUGCGCCUGGAGCGCCCGGAGCUGCAGGAGGCACCGGAGCCACUCCAGCAGGACAUGAUCGACUGGGGGGAUUUCCCCACAGAGCCGUCCCAGGGUGGGGACAUCGACUGGGGGAUCACGGUGGAGCCCAGUCCCCAGGGGGACGAUGGCAUCGAUUGGGGCGAUGGAGAGAAGGGACAGGAGGGAACAAUCACUGUAGAGCCCAGUGCCCAGGGGGAUGGUGGCAUCGAUUGGGGCGAUGGAGGGGGACAGGAGGGGACAGUCACGGUGCUGGAGGCUGGAACUGAGGCCCCCAAAGGCAUUGCGCGCGGCUCGGACGCGCUGACCCUGCUGGAGAACGCUGAGACACGGAACCAGUUCAUCGACGAGCUGAUGGAGCUGGAGCUGUUCCUGGCACAGCGCCUGCUGGAGCUGGAGGACGAAGCCGACGUGGUGGCCAUGAGCCAGCUGCAGCUGGCCCCGCCCGUGCUGCAGGGCCAGAGCAGCCACCGAGUGCGGGCACAGCUGGCCACCACGCGGGAGCUGCUGGGCCAGCUCUGCUCCCGCAGCGUGCAGCACCUCUGCAUGAUCCUGGCCUCACCCAGGUACGUGGAGCGGGUGACGGCGCUGCUGCGGCAGAAGCUGCUCCAGGCCGAGCUGCUGUUGGCUAAAAAGGACGCGCUGGCCCAGAAACGCCACCAGGCGCUGGCCGAGCAGGUGGCCCUGGAGCCCAAACUCCAGCAGCUGCAGGAGAAAAUCAAGGAGCUGCAGAAGCUGAUUGAGGCCGACAUCUCCAAGCGCUAUGGGGGGCGCCCGGUGAACCUGAUGGGGAUCAACGUGUGACCCCCCAGAGGGACAGGGGUGUCCCCGAGGGGGCCCUGCCCCUCCCUGCCUGCUGCAGACCCCAUGAGUGCGGCUGGGUUUGGGGGUGUUGGUGAAUAAAGUGCAAAUUGCAUCCGAAA